GGAGCCGGAGCCGGAGCCGGAGCCAUUGCUAUUGCUAUUCCCCGGGUUUUCAUAAACACUGCCAUUCUCACUCGACGGUGCUAAGGAAGGACCAGGAGGAGUUGUUUGGUGUGCAGACAUGAGGGGUGGUUCGGGUGCGAAUCGUUGAGAGUGGUAUCUCAGGCGCGCAACUUGUGUCUAUAAAUAGAGUACGGUAGCCAGGACAGGCUGGAGGGAAAUACGGAAUUCACCCUUCAACGAGUCCCAGAUGAGAAGGGAAAGGAGGAUAUUAUUCACAAGAAUCUAUAAUAGAAAAAGAGAUGCUUAUUCUAUUGGAGGGAGAAGAGAGAAAGACCAGUAAACCAGACUGGACUGGGGAAAGCUUUGAUGGGUAGCAAGCAAAGCCUUACCACACUCCCACCAACAGCAGAACGAGGAAGACACAGGGAAUAUCACAAAGAUGUAGUAGACAGGAAGAAAAAGAAGAAGAAGAAGAAGAAGAAGGGCAGAGGAAGAGCGGGGAGCGAGCGGGCAAGAUAUAAACCCCAGCGUGCGCAAAAAGGCAGAGAGGAGAGAGUCGAGGUUGGUUUGGUUUGUUUGUCUGCAGCUGCAAAGGAGGAGCUUGUCGACAGGCAUUUGCACGACAUGCAUGCGCUAGGGACUUGGCGUGUACCUCCCCCGUGCUACAAUGGUUCACUCUAUUUCAGUCAAUCAAUGUGCCGGGGAACAACUACAGAGCAUACGCUUCAAUUCACAUCUUGCCAUUGCGCCCAUUGCUCCCAUGUGUAUAUUCCUCACACCAAACUUCACAGUACUUCCUGUCAAUCAGCACCACCGAUCCAGUGCUGCACCCAAGCUCCUAGUGUUCGUCUCAUGCUUGUCCGCGUGAAAAUGUAAACUCGGAAGAAUGGCGUCAUGGCUGUUCUUGGGCCCUGCAGAUGAGGCGUCUAAUGGCCGGGGGAGGUUGCACUUAUGCCUUGGCAGAACACGGCUUUCGUCGCGCCGCUGCAGCCGUGACGGAUGUGGACGGGGAGAUAUGCGUCGCCAUGCACAGCGUGGGAGGCGGGGCUUUCUCACCGCCAUACAUUGUUGCUACUGACAUUUCUCAUCUGCGGCUUGCUGUGGGGAGAGAGAGAGAGAUUGCCACAGCGUGAUCUGGGUAAGCGGCGACUAUCACCGUGCAAAGACUGCUAGUAACUACCUAGCCAGUCGCCUGUCAUCUGAUGGAGACAUCAGCGCUGAUGCGGUCAUCGUGCAUUUCCUCAAGCUUGCCGCGGUCGAAUUGCUUGGUUUUCGUUCGCUUUCGUCGGGAUGAUCAAUCAAAACCCAUAUAUUGGGCUUCGUCGUCGUCUGCACAAGUCAUGCAUCCUUUUCGAAAAUUACCUUUUCUUGAAUGGCUUCCUCGGGGUCCUUUGCGAAACUUGAUUCUCCGUCUUCGCCGUGUUGGGCUGUUCGCUUUAUGCCCCAGGUGCAGGAUUCUCGUCGAUAUCCCUGGAUAUAUCAACGUCACAAAAGACGCACACAAAGACCGUGCUGGUUCAUUGUUAAAUGCUGCACCUCCACAAUAGCAUUCUACGUGCUGAGACGGUCUGUCUAUGAAUUAGCAACAUUCCUCAGCCGUUGUGUUAUUCUACUUCUCAAGGGCCACCUGUACUGGCCUAUUCCGCACAGUACAUUUUCUUCCUCCUCAGCUUCACUCACCUGAUAAAGAUAUACCCAAGCCAUAUACUUCGAAAAUGUGGAAUCACCAACGUAUUGUCCCCAAUAAUAUCCAAGAGGUAAACAACGACUGGGCUUAGCGAUGCCCCUAAUCAAUAUACGAAAAGUACAAGUUUUCUAAACUACUAAGAGAAUAUACAAUGCCCUCUCAUCGCAGUCAACCGCAAGCAACCUCGACCUCAGACACCAAGAUGACUCUCAGGGGAACAUGACCAUGGCUUCAGUAUGCAUGAUCACUUGCUGGUCAUGUACUGCUUGCUGUCUGGUACAAGUAUACCUUUUUAUGUACAACUUUUUAUCCUCCUCCUUCCACUGCUGACAUCCCAUAUGCCUAUAUUACAACUCUAUUAUAUGCUCGUGCUCGCAAUUAUGAGGUCCUUCACUGCAGCUAUAUCUAGGUAUAUAACGAUUCCCCGUCCUUCAAAAAAAAACCCAGUUAGCUCAGAAAAUCAUCCUCAUCACGUCAACUGCGUACACAUAUACCACAACUUAUCCUUAUAUAUCUAUACAUUACCCCAUCAAGCUUGUUGAUUAUCAAUUUCUGAAGAAUAAUAUACCUUCGUGAAUACCGCCGAACGCGUAUAAAAUGGUUGGCUUCCAUUUUCCAAAUAUCCUGCACCGAAAAUCACGCCCACGAACAACUGGGGAUUCUUCGUCUCCAGCUGAGGAGUGCAACAGCCCGCAGCAAAGCAGUCAACAAAGCGACUCACAAAACCCCCCCGGCCUAAGUACCCAGAAUUCAUCAUGGCCAUCCAGCGAGUUGUCCUCUGCACUCCCUAGCCGUCCUGGAGCAAUCGCGCCACCCACCCCUUUAUCCUCGCCCACUUCCGGGGCCACCACCAGUCGAACAAAGAACGCCAGCAACAGAAACAAAAGUAGCACCAGCAAAAAUAACAAUAUACGGAGACGCCCAGCUUCAGUAAAGCGGAAAUCCUCCGAUUCCACAAGCAGAGCCAGAACCCCGACAAGAAACACAGACCUUCCGAUCCCAACCAUAAUCCACCCCAGCACUCCGUUACCUCGUCCAUCUUUGUCCUCCCGCUCCCGCUCCUCAACCCGCCCAAAAAAGUCCCACCUCACCCGCCACCCGUCGCAAAGAAAGCCAAUUCUUAAACUUCCAACAACAGCAGUAGUAGACGACAAUGCACAGGGACGGAUAUCCAUGCCAUAUACCUCCCAAGCAGAUACCCGACUCAACACAGAAAGAAACACCUUCAUAACACGCUACGAUACCGCCACACAAAACGAGCUCGGCGAGAUGUCGCCCUCCGCGCGGCGCCGUCGCGAGUCCGCCCCAUCGCCGAUGUCGGCGAUUAAUUUCGUAAUCUCGCUGAAAACAAAUUAUCAUAAGGAGCCGUAUGGUUAUGAAGAUGGGGGUGAUGAUGGGGAAAGAGAAAGGGAAGGUGAAGGUAAAGGUAAAGGCAAAGGCGCUGGUGCUGGCGCUGGCGCUGCUACUGGUACCAGUACUGGUACUAGUAGGCGAAGCAGAUCGUCAAGUUCCCACCGAUCCAAGCACAAUAAUGAGCAGAAGCAGAAGAAGAGGAAGAGGGAGAAGAAGAAAAUGGUACGCUUUGAUCAUGUUGAUGUUCAUCCGUAUGAGGUAGAGCGGGGUGAGGAGUCUCGCUUUCGCCUUUUUAGUAGGCGGGCGGCGGAGGGCGGGGUAGAGGCGAUUGAGAAUGAGGGUGGGAAUGAGAAUGAGAAUGGGCGAGUGGGGAAUCGGGGUGAGGAUGUUGCUGAGCUUGAAAUGGAUCUUGAUCUCAGGGAGUAUGUGAUGGAUAUCCCGGAUGUUAUUCAGGGGUGAAUCUAAAAUAGUAGGGAAUUAGGAGAUGGGGGUCCAAGUGAGGCAGAUUUGCAUGGUUUAUGGGUACAAAGUACGGAGGUCUUGGUUCUCUAUUCUUUUGUUUCUUUUCUUUGCCUUUCUUUUCCUUUUUAUUUUUUAAUUUUUUUCCCCUCCUGUGUAUGUGUAUUUUAACCACACAUAUUCCACGUAUAUUUGGGGAAGGGGAAAUCUGUGACGCUAACAUGUACAUGUACUAUUAAUCAAUAACGUACAAUAACCAACCCUUAAACAAAAAGAGGGCACAAAGAAAUCAAGGACACAAACAUCACACUUUCUUCACCG